UUGGCUCAUCUGAGCCUGUCGUGUGGGUCCCAGGUGGCGCCACGUCGGCGCCUAAGGCUCGCCUCUCCCGUGAUCCCAGGCCGUCUAUAAAGCCGGGAGGAGGCUACGUGCCCGGCUCAGGAGAGCCAGUCACCGUCGGAUGAGCUGAGGUGAGGGUGCUCGGAUGGCGUCGCCGCUGCGUAACGGUGAUCAGUCGGCGGCGGUGGCGGCGGGCGGACGGAGGAAGGAGUCGAGGCGGCUGGGGGCGCUGCUCCUGGUGCUGCGGGUGGCGGCGCUGUGCUUUAGCCUCGCGGCGGCGGUGUUCGCGGCGACGGACGGCUCCGUGCUGCGACUGGCCCCGUUCAGGUUCCUGCUGGCGGCGAACGCGAUUGUGGCGGUAUACUCGGUGUUCGAGGUCGCCGCGGCGACGUGGGAGGUGGCCAAGGGCGCCACGCUGCUCCCGGAGGCCUUGCAGCUCUGGUUCGACUUCGGCCACGACCAGGGCUUCGGGUACAUGGCGCUGGCCGCGGCGGCGGCGGCGGCGCGGGAAGCGGCGUUGUGCGGCGGAGGCCAGGAGCGGAAUAUCAGCAGCACGGCGUGCCUGCAGGGCGACAUCGCCGUGGGGCUCGGGUUCGCGGCGUUCGCGUUCCUGGCGCUGGCGGCGCUAGCGACGGGGUUCCGGCUCGUCCGAUUCCUCGCCACCGGUUCCCGGCUCCCGGCGGGUACCUCCUCCCCGUAUUGAGCGGCGCGCUUGGGGCCAUGGAGCAUAUGUACGUAGUGCGUAGUAGCUAAUCGUGCGAUGAACUGAUCGAAGUGCGGCUAGCAAGAGCACUUCGAUUUUUCAGUGGUUUUGAUCGAUCGGUGGGGUGAUUAUUACAGUUUGCACUACGCUGGAUUAGCGA